AUGAAACAUUCUAGACUCAUUUUGCAGAUGAAGAAACUAAGGCUGGAGGAUAAGGUGACUGGCUCAGUUAAGGCCACCCUGUUCCUUAGAAGAAAUGCUGUAGUUGGUCAGUGGGCCUCGUGCUCUUCCACUGGAGGCCUUUCCUCUCUCGCAGGUGUUUCCUCCAACAUUCCCAUCACAAAGUGGCAGGUAAGAAGUGCACUGAUUUAUUUUAAAGAAACACACUCCACAGACAGUGUGGGCCAUCUCAGAAAGCGAGUGUGUGUCAGUCGCUGGAAAUAUGUAGGCUGGGUAAUGAGUGGGAGGACUAUUCCAGCUGUUUUGGGGAAAGGGUGGAGAUUUCCAAGUAUUGGGCCACUGCCUACUAUUUGGUCUUUGAUGGUCCUUGAAGGAGUUUAUCAUUAA